AUGGAGCCAGUUACUAGGGAGUUCAAGGACCUGCUUUUCCUCAGCUAUGCAGACGAUACCUAUAUUUUGGGGCCAGCGGCUAGGAUUCUGGAGGCUUUUGGGGUGCUUCGGGAGCGGUUGGAGUGGGUGGGGCUGGAGGUGCAGGCGCACAAGUGCCGGUUUUGGGAGCGCGAGGGCAAGGAGGUGGAGCGGGCACUGCCAUUGGGGAUGCAGCGGGUGGAUGAGGGUCUUACUGUGGUGGGCGUGCCUAUUGGAGAGGAGGUUUGGGAGGUGGUCCGGCUACGGGAGCGGCUUCGACAGUUGCAGGCGCCACUGCCAUGGCUCCCCUUGCUCGACCACCCCCAGAUGGCUUCACACCUCCUCGCCAUUGCAGUUUCAGCGCGGCCGAUGUACCUCGCCCGGACUAUGCCGUCGCGUCCGGAGGUAGUUGAGGCUUUUAGGGAUUGGGACAGCUGUUUAGAGGAUUGCUUUGAGCAGCUUUUUCCACCUGGCACUUGGGAGCAGGACCCCGACCGGUCUAGGCGCGCACGCAUACAGCUGCAUCUCCCUGUGCGUCUCGGAGGGUUCGGGAUCCGGGCGGCGACCUCUUUGAGCCCACUGUCCUAUGUUUGUGGGUGGGCGCAGGCCGCGCGUGACAUUGCACAGUUAGGGGUGGCGGGUGAGGAGGCGAUGUUUGCAGAGUACCUCACCACUUCGACAGGGGCAGAUUUUCUUGACCCGUGGUUUGUCAAGGCUCUUGAGCAGCUGCCAGCGACUAUCCGCCACGAGAUACCGGGCUUACCUCUGUGUGUAGCGGCCCCUCCUGUUCGGCUUUUCCAGGCGCGGCAGCGGCAGUUAGCUGUAGAGGAGCUCCAGGCACUGCGCCGCUUGGCUCGUGACGAUGCCACCUUGGCCCGUUUCACAUCCCUUCAGGGCCCGGGGGCAGGUGCAUGGGUUUCGGCGGUUCCGGCUCACUCAGAUCUCACAUUCACUACGGCUGAGUGGGGCAUUGCUGCUGCUAUACGGCUCGGCCUCCCAAUCCAGCAGCUGCAGGUGGCGCGGAGGUGUGUUUGUGGCACAGCGUUUGUUGACCCAGCAGAUCCGCACCAUGCCCUGAGAUGCAGGCAUCAGCAUGGUCCUUCUCGGGUGCAUGAUGAGGCGCUCAUCGGGGUGGCGUUACAACGGGCGCAAGCCCGUGUCAUCCUGCUUCGAGCAGCGUCUUCCAUGGGGGGGAUUAACGUAGAUUUGGUGGAUCGAAAGAGGGACGAUGUCGAUGUGGAAGGCGGGGCUCUCUGGGUGGAGGCCCCGUACAUGGGUUUGAUCGAGCAUGGUGGGGGCAUUGCAAGUACUCCUUACGAGGCCACUGUUAUGGAGGCAGACCGCGUUCCAGAGGCGGACUUUCGACCCACCGAGAAGUUCGACACGCUGAUGGAGGUUUUCCACUUCAUCACCGGAUGCAACGACGGGCAUGGAUUGUCCAACGACAGCACCGUCUGGCUGCUGAAUCUACUGAAGGAGGAACGUCUAAACCUUGCGCUGCUCCAGCACUGGCACACCCUGCAUGCCGUCGUGCAGUAUGGCAUGUCUAAGCUCAUGGCGACGCGCGAGUAUGAAACCCACACGUUUACCCUGCCGAACUGGGCCACACCCUUCGAGGUCACGGCGACCAGUGGUAAAGAGGCUGUCCUAGAGCUGCUACGGAACCCCGCCAACGCGGAGGGGUUCGUUCUCUUUCCACGUGAAGAGAACUCGGGGGCUGGUCGCAUGUACUCCACACCUGAGACAGCUACUUAUUGGGAGGAAGCCCAGCCUGCCGCGGUGGCGAUGUUCGGCGAAGGGACGGUUGUGAUUCCCCUCAUCCUCUCCAGUGACGCCACCAUGCUAAGCGGAAACGAGCGUACCAAGGUGAGGGCGGUGUACAUCAGCAUCGCCAACAUCCCUCUCUACCGCCGUUGGCAAGAGUGUGGCAAGCUGCUGUUGGCGAUGUUGCCGUUUCCGCCGAGCCAGAUGAGCUCAACCGAGAAGACGGCGUUGUUCCAGGCUGCGAUGAAGAUCGUGCUGGCCGACCUCAUCGUGGCGUCACACACGCUCAUCUUGCAUCUGCCUAUGUGCGGCAUUCACACGGGCAUGGCGGCGACGGAUCCCAACGGGGUCGCGCGAUUUGUGGUGCCGCUUCUAUUCUCCUACGUGGCCGACUACCCGGAAACCUGCAAAGUGUCAUGCACCCAGCAGCUCGGAUCUGUGAGGCCCUGCUCCCUCUGCUAUGUGCAGCGUGAGCACCUCCGUGACAUGGACCGAGAGGCAGCCGAGAUGAGGACUGUGGAAAAGCAGGAAGGAGUGCUCGAUGACCCAGCAGAGGCCGCCCUCUACGCGACCAUGCGCGUUCCGAGUUUCCUGUGGGACUUCAACUUCAGCCGAACGGUAUGGGGCAACACAUACCUGACGAUGGGGCCCGACAUUCUGCAUGCAAUCUUCAUCGGCUGGUGGCUUUACAUCCGUGACGCGCUGCGGGGCAACAACGACGAGGCCGCUACCAAGGACGGGUAUGCGGACAUCUCCACGCAAAGGGCUGUCCCACUUGCCACAAUCUGCACCAGCACCGAAGAUGUUGAUCCAUGUGCUGGUCACAUUCUCUGUUGCAUCGUGUGCAGGCGCCAGGCAGAAAUGUACCCCGAUGCGAGAAUCGCUGGCAUCGCCGUGCCCGGAUCUGGCAACUACUGGGUGAGUGGGGCAAACUACACGGCGUCAGAGCACGCCGCGGUCAUGAUGCUGAUCGGUGGUUCUGUUUUCGUGUCACGCGUGCAGAUCGUCCCUUUCGUGAUGGAAGGGGAAGGGAUUCCCAUCAGGCGCGCGGCUCUUGUUGGGGUGCUCGAAUGGCUCGAGAGCUGCGUGCGCGCCCCCUACCACACCGAGGCCUCGCUGGCCGAGCUGGAUCAACGGACCAGAAGGUUGAUGUACGCACACGCACGUCCCGAAACCCAGCCCCUCAUACGUGGCGCAUUACAUCCUUGCCCGCCAUCCACCAUCAUGUAUAUCCAUCCCAUUCAGGCCAUCACCAUGGGCACCCCGCAGCUGACGAGGGCUAGCAAGUCGCUCACCAGCGCUCCCCAUGGUGGCGAGCCAGCGGGCUUGGUGUUCGAGCAGCUGAACACGGCGCUGGGCGGGAUCCUUGCCACAUACGACGGUGCCAUGCGCGCGGCAUGCUUACGCCCCUUUCCAGCCAAGGCACACACGGCUCUGGCCGUGCCCGCAGGACACAUGGACCUUGGCACCGUGCGGCCCCACUAUGUCCGGGCUGCCGCUUCCCUCCACGGGCACAAAGCCUUCUCGUGCGUGGAGUACGAGACGGCAGCAGGGCAGGUUGAGCAUGGGAGGCUCCUCAUGCUGCUGGAGGCAGAGCAGGAUGUGCCAGGGGCCGAGCAGGAGGUGGAGGUGGGUGUUAUCCAGAGGCUGGUGGAUGUGGGGCUGGACGCUCACACUGGCUGCCGCACGCUCUCUGCUCCAUCGGCAAUGGGGGGACUGGCGGUCCUUGAGGUGGCUGCCAUCCGUCGCGCCGUUCACUGCGUGCCCUCGUUCGAGCGGCGAGGGAUUUGGUACCUGAACCGAUGGGCGUACAGGUGCACUGAGAGCCUCACUUGA